AUGGCCAUUAACACUCCACGUAUAAGAAGUGAAUGGAUGCAUCCAAGAUCUAAUGUUUGGUUCGAUAUGGUAGACAACGAAUACGAUGAUGAACUAUGGUACGUUAAUUUUAGAGUAACAAGACAAACAUUCGACUUCGUUUUAAAUACAGUAAAAGACGAUUUAAUUCAUGAGAACACUGUCAUGCGAGAAGCAAUUUCGGCAAAGCGACGACUUGCAAUUACGUUGUAUUUUGUUUCAUCUACGGCCGAGUAUAAAACCAUUGGUAACCUCUUUGGAGUUUCGCGAUCUUUUGUGUGUAUGUGUAUCAGAGAAGUUUGUAGCGUUAUCACGAAAGGAUUGUCCAAAUUCAUCAAAUUCCCGCGCGGGCAACAAUUAUGGCAGGUCAUUGAUGAUUACGAAAGUAGAUGGGGCUUUCCUAUGUGCGCGGGGGCAAUUGACGGCACCCAUAUUCCCAUAAUUGCACCAACCGAGAGUCGUACAGAAUACGUGAAUCGGAAAGGUUUCCACAGCAUAAUAAUGCAAGCUGUUGUUGAUAGCAACUAUUUGUUUCGUGAUGUUGUGGUCGGAUGGCCAGGAAGUGUACAUGACGCUCGCGUUUUUUCUAAUUCCGCAAUAUUUAGGAAAGGGAACGAAGGAAAACUUUUCCCUUCAAAUUUCUCCAGAGAAAUUAAUGGAGAAGAUAUAUCACCUGUUAUUUUGGCCGAUCCCGCAUAUCCACUUUUAUCGUGGCUUAUGAAAGGUUUUUAUGCGAAGGGUGAUUUAUCCCGAAAAGAGCGGUUGUUUAAUUAUCGCUUAAGUCGCGCCAGAAUGACGGUGGAGAACACGUUUGGCAGAUGGAAAGGGCGAUUCAUUAGAUUUGGAAAACGCGUUGACAUGGAGGUACAAAACGUAGUUACCGUUGUGUUGGCGUCAUGCAUCUUGCACAACAUUUGCGAAGCACAAAACAACAACUUUUUACCACAGUGGCAAAACGAAGUGGCAGUUCCGGCUGACGACGACGUGGAAGAUAUACAAGAAAGUGAAGAAACGGAUGGACUGGACAUUCGAGCGAUACUUGCUGAUUACUUUGCGCAAAAAUACUGA